AUGCUGAAUCUUUACGAUGAUGUUGCAACGAAUGGUUUUCUUUUUGUAUGCGAAAGGGCUCAGCAUUUUCCUUUCGUUUUUCCUCAGAAAACAGCAGUGAAGGAAGAGGAGAGAGAGAAGGAGAGACAGAGGGAAGCAAGGGACGAAAGUGGAUUGGAAAAUCGGCAGCCAGGAAAAAAGCAGUUGCAGUUGCGUAUUAGAAAUGGUGAAAGGAACGAGAAAAAUGUGCUCCACAAUCUAGGUACUGUGAAAACAACUCCAAACGCUCUUCAGCUUAUUCGCAUGAAAGGCACGAAUUUUGUGCGAGAAAAGCUGAAACUUGCACCACGAAACCAAACCGAAAAAACCACCCGAAAAACUGUUUUUCACAUUGAGACUGUACGUGAUAUAAAUUUCCCUUUCGUUUUUCAUCACCCACCCACACAAAACGUUCCUUCCUAUAAGAAGCUCAGAGCAUUAAAACUUUCUGCAAUAACAGCAGUGAAAACACAACAUUUCCUUCGUCAAAAUGUGACCUUCCCAAGUUGCGUUUUUAUUUUCUGUUUUCUUCUAUUUCUCACGCACCCACACAGAGAAUCAGAAAGCACAAAAACGGAAAUCACUAAAACAUUCGCAAGAAAAACUGCUUUCAAUGCUUACUCUGCAUUACGCCAUAGAGAACGGAAAGUUUCAGCUUGUUGUCCUUUUCCAACAUGA